UUUCUGCAAAAUAGUUUAUCAGUUCGAAGCAUACACGGGAAUUCCGGUUUGGGACUGUCCCCCUAAUUCCUGACUUCCACAGGAAGGCUAGCAUAAAUAGCAAUUCCAAAACGUGCAGAGGCAUUUCAUUUCUCUCCAGUCGCUAGACAAGGAGCGCCAAGAAACUAACCAUGGCUUAUAUCCUAAUGAAACAUUGGAAUGAAUUAAAAGAAAUUGAAAGUAUGGACGCCUCAGCUAAACGGCAUGACAAGUGGUUGGACUUGGUGUCUACGGUCACAGCUGUUCAAAUACUCAGAAAGCAUCGUACAGAACCGCAGACUCGGGGAAACACAGGAGGCGAUGGCGAGUGAAGGAAUCAGAGGCUCUCGGAAAUGAUGAGGCGAAUAAAAGGUAGCUGGAGCUCUUUGCCAGGCGUAUCAAACACCCUGAGAGAGGUCACCUCUUAGCUCCAUUGUGUCCGGUGCUACGCCAACGAGGGAUAUUGGGAAGACAAGACUGAAAGACAGGUUGCCAUGUAUCUGCCACUCCUCAUCCUGUCUUCCCUGCUCAUUCUCCAUGCAUUUGCCCUGCACCACCAAGGUCAACCAGGCCGGAGGGCUUGCGGCAGAGGCUCCCUGAACAAGGUCCCCGUGGUCCUUCACACAGAGUCUUUUGUACAGCCUGUCCACAAGCCUUACAUCACCCACUGCCAAGGACAUAGACUCUGCAGCACAUACAAGACGCUGUACAGAGUGGCCUAUCGGAGUGUCAGCAGACUGACAGCAGUGGCACAUUCCUACCCAGAAUGCUGUCCGGGUUGGCGUAGGUUUCACUCACACAACUGUAAUCAAGCGGUGUGUGCCGAGGCGUGUGCCAACGGCGGCACGUGCUUCAGGCCCAACCAGUGCGCCUGUGUGUCAGGCUGGAUGGGACGCAGCUGCCAAACAGACGUAGAUGAAUGCAGCAGCUCAAAGCUCUGUUCCCAGACGUGCCUGAACACCGCGGGCAGCUACCUCUGUGGAUGCAGGGUGGGCUACACACUGGCUGAGGAUGGACACUCCUGCCAGACGCUCCCAGCGUCCAGCCUCCCAGAUGACAGCAGCAACAACAGCACAGGCGCGUCCAACACUCCCAGAGGCCCUGAUGCUGACACUGUCAACAACAUGACUGAAGAGGUGCAGCUACUGAAGUACAAAGUACAGCUUCUGGAAGAGAAGCUGCACCAGGCUCUGGCUCCUUUCACCAGCCUUUUCCCACUGUCCCUGGAGCAAAGUGUAGCUGAGAGGACGAGUUUCCUGACACAGUCCUUUCAGCAGCUGGAACGCAUUGAUUCGCUCAGUGAGCAGAUCGGCUUUCUGGAGGAGCGCCUGGAGACCUGUUCCUGUCAAGACAACUAAAGGGGAGAUGAGAAGCACAGAGAUUUUCACCAGGGGGAGGUUCUACGUCACCUGUGAAGCUGGGCCACUUCACAGUGCAUCAUUCGAUGAGAACCACCCACUUCACAGUGCAUCAUUCGAUGAGAACCACCCACUUCUGAUCCACUGCGGAGGAAAAAUCACGGAGCUGUCUGACCAAUGGAACAAUCAGUCCAGUCUUUUUAGAGAAUUUGGAAUGGACAGUACUAGGAAGUGGAAAACAGAUAUGUAUUUCUAAAAUGUUAUGUCCUAAUGCAUUUUUAAGGGUUUUUUUAAACACCAAAACAUAUUGACACUGAAUUCAUCUCAUGAGCGGUCACUAAACCAUGCUUACAUUAAAAUCUGUAUUUUAAGGCA